AUGCGUAUUGCUGCGAAGGGAAAAGGUGCUCAUAGCGCCUCUCAUCUCCCCGAUCUUCUUCGGCGGAGCAGGUCUGCAGCGGCGUCCUUUUCCCGCUCCCGCUUCGUGGCCUCUUUCUGCUUCUGCUACUUCACUCCUAAACAAAAGGGACGAAUGGCGCAUCUCACUCGUGGGGGUGAUGCUCUUUUAUGGGAGCCAGGAAAUAAGCAACUUUUAUCAACAUGGCGACUUGAAUGUGAAUUGGGUAUUAAAAUCGACCCGGAUUGUCCUAUCGAUGGUGGCUGGUCACCGUGGACACCUUGGUCAGCAUGUCAUGGCGCCUGCGAUACUGUUGGUCAUCGAAAAAGACUUAGAAAGUGUAAUAAUCCCCCACCGUCAAAAGAAGGUCUUUCUUGCAGCGGCUUAGAUGAACAAAUUGAAUCUUGUUAUCUAAAAAAUUGUUCGGUUGAUGAUUAUCGCACAAUCGUGGAAGGAGAUGUAGCGCGAGCUGAAGCUUUACAUCAACUAGAAGUAAUUCCAGCGUUUAUGGAACGUUGUCUUCAAAUGGAAUGUCCAUACGAAGCCGUUGAAGCUGCGCUCACCGCCGAAAACACUUGGCAGCUUCAUUCUGAAGCAUUGUGGAAUGCACUCCAAUGUGUAAAACAUGAUAUAGGUUGUUCAGUUAAAGGCGAAUGGGGCUCGUGGGGGCCAUGGUCGGCUUGUGGAGCACAAUGCGGAAAAGGAUUAAGGUGGAGAACUCGGGUAUGUGAUAACCCUCCUCCGUCAGUAUCUCAUUUAGUUUGUCUCGGCGCACCUUUGCAAAAUAAAGAAUGUGAAGGCGAUCAAUGCGCCAUUGACGAACAACAUUCUGAGCUACGUGUUAGUGGAACUUGGAGUGAGUGGGGUGAAUGGACAAAAUGUUCGGAAAAAUGUGGCACUGGGAUUCGAAGGAGAAAGAGAACGUGCAUAGAAAAGCACAUUUUAAUAGCUGAUAUAGCUUGGAAAACCCAUUGUCGUGGUCAAUAUGAAGAGGUGGAAUCUUGUAAUAUAAAAAAAUGCUUACUCAACGGUGGUUGGUCCGGUUGGGGUGCAUGGGGACCAUGUUCACAAUCUUGUGGAGCUGGCAAAAGAUCUAGAACUAGAUCAUGCACAAGACCGAUACCUUCAGACGGUGGAACUAAUUGCGUUGGACCCAAAGUUGACGUUGGAUCCUGUCACUUAACUCCAUGUGAAGUUUAUAGCCACAUAAUUUCUGUUUUCAAUGGUGAUUCAGUUUUGCAAUACGAUUUUCCGAAAAAACGUUCUACUUUUUUCCAUUUUUAUAUCCGAUUUAUGCCAUUGUCUCCUCAUGGAACAAUUAUACGGCGUGGAACAAUUCAAAAUUCUCGUCUACGUGUCAGCUUACACAAAUGGCACAUUUGCUACGAUGCACACGGAACAUCAAAAACUUGCGCCCUUCCUCGUACAUGUUCACCUUCAGCACUUGAACCUUCAGUAUGGCAUUCAAUAAUGAUAACAGUCAGUAAUAAAGCUGUAACCAUUAGAGUAAAUGAUGCACAAAUUCCAAUUCGUAGUGCCUUUCCAUGUGAUCCCGAACUGUCAAGUGACAAAAUAAAAGUUUUUGUUGGUGAAAAAUUUCAUGGGGUGAUACAAGAAUCAAUACUUAAUUUUAGGCCUAUAAGUAUGUUUAUUGAGCGUGAACGUCAACCAUGCAGAACUGACUUAGUCCCAAUAUCAGCAUCGAAUAUAGCUUACGAAAAUGCUAACAUCGAAGAAGCGUACAUACAUCUUGAAAGUGAACAAUAUUUACGACUACCUUGUUUUAAAGUACAAGAUGAUUGGCAGUUGGAAUUAACCGUAAAAUCCAAAAGUGAUAGCGGAAUGCUUCUAUUUUUUAAAGAUUACAAAAGGAAUAGUUGGUUUUACAUGAUGUUACAAAGUAUGCGAUUGAUAAUAAAAUUUACUGCCGAUGAAUUUAAAUCAGAAGCAAUCAGUUCUACUGAAUGCUUACCUAACCAGUGGCUCGAUAUAAAACUAACUAAACGGAAGGAAACUAAUACAAUUGAAGUUUCGAUUAAUACUGGGGAACGCCUUCAUGUACUAUUAGCAGACGAUAAAUUUAGAAAACUUCAGGUAUCUAAAAAUAAAUAUUCAAAUGUAACCCAACAUUCUUCAGUAAUUAAUACUAAUCAAUCAAGUUGUGGUGCCCCUUCUAAUAAGAUUCAGGAUAUUUUAUGUUCCAAUGAAUAUUUUAUAGGGGGAAUACCUUUACCGAUAACAAAUAAAAUAUCCGAAGAAUUCACUCCGUUUUUUGGUAUUAUAGCUUCUUUGAAAAUUAAUAAUAAUUUAUUAGACUUGCAUACCAUGAAUAUGGAAAGAUAUAAAGACGGGAUUAUUCAGCUUUCUUCACGAACAGCUAGUAUAUCAGGAUCUUAUCACGAGACUCAUUGGGAUGAAUCCAACCAAUUGAAUUUAACAUGUGUACAUGCUCGACUUACGAGAUCUCCUUAUCCUGCUUAUUGGCUUUACUUAGACAGUGUUAUAGAAAAUAAAAAUAAGAGUUCAAUGGAUGACGGAAGGGUGUUAAGGCUUAUUAUAACCGCUAAAAACCCUCCAGGAUUUUACACCUGUCGCGGUAGCGACAACGAACGCACGAAGAAUUUUUUAACUUAUGGUAUACUCGGCAAAAGUCAUUAUAAGCUUUUAGGUCCUGAUACGUUGACCGUCAUAGCACUCUGCACUACUGUUGCACUAGUAUUAUUUACUUUAGGGUGGCUUAUAAUAGAAGGAUAUAAUGAUGCUCGUGAUGGAUACGGAUUUUUUCGUGACGAUCAGCUUUCAACAGAAGAUCAAACUGAGAUUGCUAGUAACCAACAUAUGCACGUUUGUGGUACUGAAAAUAUUAUUGCCAGAAGUAAUACUAGACGAAGAAAUAGACAUUUACGCGAUCAAGCAAUGCUCGAAUCGCACAAAAAAUUAAGUAUGUUUCAUGAUGAACAAUCACACGAGUAUACUUUGAGUGAGCCAGAGGAACUACCAGCAUUGCCCGAAGUCAAAAGCACCGCCAUAAAACCAGCUUGUGAAAUUUAUAGAUCAGAACAAAUUUGCUCACCGCUUCAUAGUUCCAAUAUUACGUCUCUCAAAACGGAACUAUCUCCAUCAUCCACAAAUAUAUCGCCCAGAAUUUUUUACUCACGCUUACUCUUUACUAAUUCAAAAAAUCCAACCAAAGGAAAUUCGAAUAAGAAAACUAUCUGCAGUUCUAAUUUUGAAGUAGAAAACAGGCCAAAGUUAUUAACUAUACAAUCUUCAUCUUUUGUCCAUAGCUCUUCUGUGCAAAAAGUAUUGAAGAAAUUUAAAGAUUUAAAAAGUACAGAGUCUUGA